AUGGAUUCUCCAACUGAACGUAUGCCCAUCGCUUGCGUACAUUGUGCAAAGGCAAAGGCAAAAUGCGAUAAGAAGAUGCCCUGUUCGAGAUGUUUCAGCAAGCAAAUUGUGUGUCAGGCGAGAGCCACUCGAAGGUCUCUACAGAAACCGUCUCAAAGACGUCAUAACCCUCUCCAGCGACCCAACUCAGACCGGACUCUCCACGCCUCUCCUAUAUAUCAUCCAUUACAAGUACCAAGUUUUCCCGCUGCCAACCAAGGCCUCAACGGAUAUUCUACACCCCUCAAUGGAGUCCACCCAAACCUCCAUGGAGUCCACCCAGACCUCAAUGCAAUCCUCCCAGACCUCAAUGCAAUCUUCCCAGACCUCAAUGGAUAUUCCACAGGCCCCAAUGGAUAUUCCACAGACCUCAACGGAUAUUCCACAGGCCCCAAUGGAGUCUCCCCAGGCUUCAAUGGAGUCCACCCAGACCUCAACGGAUAUUCCUCAAGCGUCAAUGGAGUCUCCCUAGGUGUCAAUGGAGUCUCCCCAGGUGUCAAUGGAGUCUCUCCAGACCUCAACGGAUAUUCCCCAGGCGUCAAUGGAGUCACCCUAGGUGUUAAUGGAGUCUCCCCAGAACUCAACGGAUAUUCCCCAGGCGUCAAUGGAGUCUCUCCAAACUUCAAUGGAAUUACACCGCCCCUAAUGGCUCACCCAGAGGCUCCAUUUCACUCACUUCUCGGCCCAUGA